AUGCCCAUGCGCGCGUUCACUUGUGCGUUGUUGCUUGGCGGGGCUGCGAGGGUGCUCGCCGCGCCGACUGUGUUGUUGGCGGAUGUUGCGGCGGAAGUUCUCGACGAGGACAGCAGCGUCAACAUCACUCUGGUGCGGAAUCAGGCUGUAAGCGCCUCAACACAAAGUUGGGAGGUCGGGACGUUGGCAGAGGCUCUCCUCGAGCUCGAAUGGCCCGCGCUCUCAGUAUACGGAGCAGCUUCAAGCAGCGCACACCCACCGCUGAUCAGCGCGGACAACACGACUGCCAGCGACGUGUUCACGCUCGCCUCAUCAACCCUGGACAACAAGCCCGCGGACUCUCUAGCUCUUGUUGCGAACGAUGGUGCAGUCGGAGACCCGGCCAGUAUUGGGCCGGCGGUUCUCCUUGCGAACUGGACCCUGUCGAAUGCGACGUACGGUGCUGCUGCGCAAGCGCAGCUUGAUUACCUUUUGAACUAUGCGCCUCGCACGGAUGGGGGCGCCAUUUCGCAGAGGACGGAUCAGGUUCAGCUAUGGAGCGACUUUGUCUACAUGGCACCGCCGUUCUUAGCGUACUAUGGCGCGCUCCAAAACGACUACUCUCUUGUCAAGGAAGCCUACAACCAGAUCUGGCUCUACCGCUACACGCUGCGCGACGAGAACACUGGAUUGUGGAGACAUGUCGCGUUGGGCGACUGGCAGGACAACAAUCUUUGGGCCACGGGUAACGGAUGGGCGGCAGCUGGCAUCAUGCGUGUGCUGAAGACUGUGAACUCUUCUUCUGUCGCGGAUGCGCUUGUCGGCGAGCAGGCGGACCUUGCAGGAUGGGUGGACGAGAUCUUGACUGGGGCGUGGGCGCAUCAGCAAACGAACGGGACGCUUUUGAACUACAUCGACCAAACGGAGGAGAACUCCUGGGCCGAUACAUCCGCAACAGCCUUACUAGCCGCAACAUCCUUCCGCCACGCACUCUUCACGAACACGACGACACACAUAGACGCAGCGAAUCUCGCCUACGACCUCGUCGAGAGCAGUAUAGACUCCGAUGGCGUUCUCCAUGGGACCAUCGAUCCUUUGACGUUCGUCGCGCCGACUGCGGAUGGAUCGGUCAGUCCGGAGGGACAGUCGUUCGUGUUGAUGAUGAGAGCGGCGAGAGAUGCUUGGCUUGAGGCGACGUCUGACUCUGAGGAGACGACGAGUGAUUGA